CAGGACACGCCUCUGGGCUGAAUGGAGUGCGCCGUGCGUAAAGUCCAAACUGCAGCGGAUCCGAACUUUUUUUAUUUAAAGCUCCUUUCACGGUAUUUAAGAAGUGACUAAUCGACAUUAUUGAUUCGUUUAAAGUCUAUUAAAUGCAGCGAUGACGCGAGAGGAAGAUCUCAUCCGGAUUGCAAAGAAACUGGACAAGAUGGUGUCUAGAAAUAACACGGAGGGCGCCAUGGACCUGCUCAAAGAACUGAGAGGUUUCAAUAUGACACUCAAACUUCUCCAGGAAACGAGGAUUGGCAUGUCUGUGAACGGGAUCCGGAAGCACUGCUCAGAUGAGGAAGUCAUUGCCCUGGCAAAGGUCCUCAUUAAGGACUGGAAAAGACUUCUGGACUCUGGCCAUUCUCACCCUGAGAAACCAGCUGAAAUGAAGAACGGACUGGACUCCAGCAAGACAGCAGCGUCUCCUAACAGCUCACCCUCCGAGACACAGAGUAGUCACAGGAGACUGGAUGUCAAACCGAAACAUGACUCAGACCCUGAUAAAAAACAUUCAGAUAAAAACAAAAAAGAGAAACAUGACGACGAGCACAAAAACAGAAAGAGACAUGCAGAUGACCUCAGGGAUGAAAAGCACCUUGACGAGACCCAAAAUGAGAAACAUCCACAAGGAAUUGGAAAAGAAAAGCAUUUAGAAGAAUCAAAAAAACAAAAGGCUGUGGAGGAUCCCCAACUGGAGAUGGAUAACAAGAAACAGAAGCAUCUACAAGACCUGCAGAGUGAAAGACACAAGCCAGACCCAAGGAAAGAAAGAUCGUUAGAAGAAGCAAAAAAGAUCAGACAUGUGGAAGAACUCAAGAAGGAAAAACACCCCGAGGAGCCCAAGAAGCAAAGCCACGCAGAUGACACCAAGAAGGACAAUCCCAGAGAGGAAAGCAAACCGGAGAGGCCCGUAAACACGCCGCAACGAGAGAGACCGCCGGGUGAACCCCAGAGAGAGAAACCUGCUGAUGUUCACAAGCCAGUAUUUGAAAGGAGGGGAGUCUUGGACAGCAGUGUUCUGUAUCCUACCCGGUUCCCCUCUCCUCCUCGACCUGCUCGGCCUCCUCUCCCGAUCAAACGCCCCUCUUUGGACAUGAAAAAAGACAGGAAGGACGGUAAAGACUCCUCUUCCCGACACCCUCGUCCUCACACUCCCCGACCCGCCUCUCCUCCGGCUAAGCAUCGACCAUCACAGGAAGUAAAGAAAGAGAGGAAGGUUCCACCGGACCCAAAUGCUCCAAUAGCUCCUCUUCCUCUUCACCUUCAUCCUCCCCCACCAAGAAAAGAGCCUCCUGACCCCAACGCUCCUCUUCCUCCGCUCCCUCUUCACCUUCACCCCCCGCCGAAGCGUCCCUCACUGGACGGGAAAAAAGAGAGAGAAAGGAAGGAAUCGUUGGACUCAAAACCUCCUUCACAGAAGAAGCCGUCAGAUCAUGUGAAGAAAGACAGGAAAGAGUCAUCGGAUGGCAAAGUGUCUAACAAACACUCCGAUGAAGCCAAGAGAGAAAGGAAAGAUUCCUCUGACUCUAAACCACCACCUCCCAAAAAGCCCAGUUUGGAUGUCAAAAAAGAAAAACACAGGAAGGACUCCUCCGACUCGAAGCCUGGCCAAGCUGUGAAACGUCAUUCAACUGACUCCAAACUUGACAGACGGGAUUCCACUGAUUCAAAGAAAAGCAGCUCACAACCAGCAAAGAAGCUAACAGGGGAAAGGAGAGAUUCUCACAGCUCUAAGACCUCUCAGCCUGGACCUCCACAGAGGAAGCCCUCAACUGACAGCAUUGAAAGGAAAGGAAAGAUCGAUGCCCCUAAAACUCCCACCACCCCAACCAGCCCCAUGUCACCCAGCUUCAGUUCUGCCGGGGGUCCACUGUCCCCUCACCUGUCAACUGGAGACUCCAUCAGGGACAAGUGCAUUGAGAUGCUGUCAGCUGCCCUGCGCACAGACAACGACUACAAAGAUUUUGGAGCCAACUGUGACAGCAUGGGAGCAGAGAUUGAAGAUCAUAUCUACCAGGAGAUAAAGGCCACUGAUAUGAAAUAUAAGAACAGAGUCCGCAGCCGCAUCAGCAACUUGAAGGACCCCAAGAACCCUGGGCUACGCAGAAACGUGCUGGCAGGGAGCAUUGAGUUAAGCCGCAUCGCCACCAUGUCUGCUGAGGAAAUGGCCAGCGACGAGCUGAAACAGCUGAGGAACGUUCUCACCCAGGAGGCCAUCAGGGAGCACCAGAUGGCCAAAACUGGUGGCACCACCACCGACCUGCUGCAGUGCAGCAAGUGCAAGAAGAAGAACUGCACCUACAACCAGGUGCAGACACGCAGUGCUGAUGAGCCGAUGACCACAUUUGUCCUGUGUAAUGAAUGUGGUAACCGCUGGAAGUUCUGCUGAUGCCUUCCAGGUGAAACCACGUUUUUUUUUCUGGGUAUAUUGAACUGCAUAUUUUCUAUAAUGGGAGGGAGUUUAUAAAUUAUUGCAGCUAGUGAUUUUAAAACAGUAGUAUUCUUACAAUUUUUACUUGAAAUUUUGAGAUUUAUAAGCAUGUGCUAAUAAUCCGGGUUUGCUUUAUGUGAAUUUAAAGACUGAGCAUGAAUGUCAGUUUGAUGACUGAGUCAUUAAAUCAUCCCAGUUUGAAGACAUUAAUGAUAUUGGUGCUAUCAUGAUGGACAGAUGAUCAUAAUCCAGUUACUAUGCUGUGGCAUAUUACAGCUGUUCACUUAUAUGUAUAUAUCAUAUCCCAAUAAAUUGCAUAAAUCAUCAGUAUGAUGGCUUUUUAAAAUGUUGUUUAAUAAAAAAAAUCACUUAACACAUUUUCAGCAUCAUCCUAUAAUU